AUGACCGACAAGGAGGUCGCGGAGAAGAUCAAGAAGCUCCAAGCCAUGGCCGAGUCGGUCAGGACUGGUGGCAAGGGAACCGUCCGCAGGAAGAAGAAGGUCGUCCACAAGACCGCUGCUUCGGACGACAAGAAGCUCCAAUCAAACUUGAAAAAACUUUCCGUCACCAACAUUCCUGGCAUUGAGGAGGUGAACAUGAUCAAGGACGAUGGAACAGUCAUUCACUUCAACAACCCCAAGGUCCAAGCGUCGGUUCCAGCGAACACUUUUUCAGUGUGCGGAAGUGCUGAGAACAAACAAAUCACUGAGCUUCUUCCCGCUAUCCUGAACCAGCUUGGACCAGAGUCGCUUACCCACUUGAAAAAAUUGGCAAGCAAUGUGACUACCCAAUUUAAGAACUCUGAAGAAGAUGACGUACCAGUUAUGCGACUUGCGCGUCCUAAGUUUGCCUUGGCUCACGGACUGAUUGCCGAUCCCUCGGAUGAAACUUCGACUUCGAUCGCUGAGGCUAUCACCCGACGGUCCGGUGAAGAGGCUACGCCUUGGCCUGCUGGGGAAUUUAUUUUGGCGCCUCAACAGUUUGAGAACAUUUAUCUGGGUGAAACCUUUACUUUCUACAUCAGCUGCGUAAACGAAAGCCCGGAAACCCUGGAAGCUGUAGAAAUCAAAGUGGAACUGCAAACCAAUAACCAAAAAGUUGCGCUGAACUGCACUUUGAAUGGAAUGGCUCUAACGGCUGGCGAAUCGAAAGGCCAGGUGAUCAACCAUGAAGUCAAAGAAUUGGGGCAACACAUAUUAGCUUGCUCGAUCGCUUACAAAACGAAUUCUACACCGGGUCCGCAAUAUUUCCGGAAGUUCUUUAAAUUUCCUGUUGCUAAGCCGGUAGACGUCAGGACAACAUUCUACAAUACUGAGUCAUAUGAUGUAUUCCUCGAGGCGCAGAUUGAGAAUACGUCGAAUGGCAACAUGAUCCUUGAGAAGGUGGUGUUGGAGCCGAGCGAGUUUUAUACUAGCCAGCCGAUUGUUCACCAUCUCGAAGCAGAAGCGGUGAUACUUCUCGAGCCAAAGGAUAUUAUGCAGUACUUGUUUUGCCUUACGCCGAAGAAUGUGGGAGCCCUGCCCGUAAAAGAGGUGACGAAUACGGGAAAGCUCAACAUCGAAUGGCGUACUGCCAUUGGUGAGAAGGGUCGUCUGCAGACGAACUCCUUGCAACGAAUGAGCCCUGGCUACGGGGACACUAGGCUGACGAUCGAACGGGUUCCGGCAGAAGCGAGCAUCCGCCAGGUUUUCGAAGUGGUUUGCCGGAUCCACAACUGCUGCAACCGCUCCCUCGACCUGCUACUCACUUUUGACGCUCUACGCCAGCCAGGAAUGGUUUUUGCAUGCACUUCAGGGAAGAUGCUGGGCCAAAUUCCUCCAAAUAAGCACGUCGACUUUGUGCUGGAACUGCUGCCCUUCGCACCCGGUUUCCAGUCGAUUUCCGGCAUCCGUGUCCAAGACGUGUUCAACAAGCGAGUUUACGAGUACGAUGACGUCGCGCAAGUGUUCGUCAAC